AUGUCGAGAAUAAUACCAACCCUCGACGCAGAGCAAGCCCUGGACACUCUGAACAUCAUAGUUCAGCCCGCCGACGUUGUGAAUGGGGAUUUCUGCUCUGAUUGGCUCACCUUUCAGUGUUUGGGUUCCGAUUAUACAUGGACGUUUUUCGGCGUCCGUGACCUAGACGAUCCCAAGAUCACGGAACUGAUCGGGAUCUCACUUAUCCGGACAGUGACAGUGGACGUCAGGGCCAUAGCACCAACCAACUCCCAGAUAAUCUACCAAUGGACGAAGCUCCGGGAUGUCGCUUGGAUUCUCCUUAGGCUUCUUUUUCGCUUCAAUCAACUCUCGAUAAGACUCCACGACAACCAGCCCAUGCCGCGGCACGCGCGACGUGUAUUCAGGGAAGAGCGAUUUGCCAUGCAUGUCGAAGACUUGUAUAUCCAGUGUGAUUGCAAUUUUCUCUCGCUAGUAUCCAUGGCGUUGAUCUUGCCCAUCAUCAUGGAAUUGAGGCAGCAAAGAAACCUGGCUGAGGCGCAACCAAGGAUAGAAAUCAUCGACGGCUUAGAUCUCAACAUGGCAGGAACGCAAUCUUCGCCUGUGGCCGGAAGCAAAUAUCGAGUAUUCGAUAUGGAACACCCAUCAAGAUACCUGCCGGGUCAUGAUAUUGUCUGCCAAGCCCUUUGGCCACGAUCAGAUGUCUACUAUCAAGCAGACGAUCUUCCAGACAUGUUUUCUCAACUCACGAAAUUUCACGCGGAUAUUGAUGACGCUGUGGACGAAAUAAAGGGCAUCGAGGGAAAUCUCCUUCGACGAGAACGUAUGAGACUUCACGAAACAUCUGAUCGAAGCUGCUUGUCCAGCGAAGCCCAGGAAAAGCUGCAAGUAUGGUCUCGUGAGCGAAGGGAUAGACAUCUGCGGAUAAUGCUCGAUCCUCACGAGAGGGAAUUGCCGCGGAUGAUGGUUCGGGAUGCCUGGGAUCGUUUGCCCAGACAGGAAAUCAGCCCCCAUCAACUCGAGCCCCAUGAAAGAGAUCGAAUGAGGGAGAGAUGGAAACAAGAUUACUGGGCCGACUUGUAUCCCCGUGGGAUCCCACCUCUCCAACCAUUGUACGAUAGCUUGCUUGAGAAAGCCUCGUCACCGCCAGAGGAAGACUCGCAAUGGUCGGGAGAAGAAUCACCGGAAUCAUCAGAGCCGAUUGCUGUAGAGCCAGUGCUUAUGGUUACUGCACCGGAACCCCUGAUUGCUUCCAUCGAACCCUGUGAGGUCUCGAUAUCGGAAAUGACAAGGAGGCAUCGAUGGGAUAUCCUGAACUCACACUUGAACAAACCAAUCUGGGAGAGGGAACCCGAAAGUGAAGGAACAGGCCCCGAAUCACCACUUCACAGAUUGCACAGACGGUACAGAUUGGUAUUUGCGAACCGGCAAAGGAUAGCUAGCCUACGCCGAUGA